AUGUUUUCCCGCUUAAACAACGUCAUCAGAGUAAAUUACAUUCCAGCUCCUCACGCAGAGGAGGUCAUUGUACCCAUCGUGGCUGACAAUCCAUUUAGUUUGGCAAGAUUUUAUAUUCCUCGUGCAAAUUGUCCCCCAACCGUGUUUGUGUUGGUAAGCGUAAUGUUAUCUAUUUUGGCGACGGAGGACGUGAAGAAGGACGUAUUCCUUUUUUUGUUACUAUGCGUAGUAGUAGGCGCUUGGAAUCUUAAUUCCGCGCUCAGGGCAUUAGUGCUUAGAUUGGACUUCAAGUCUGACACUUUUCGAAUUAAAUACGCAAGAUAUCAAGGAGACUGGAAAGACUACAACAGAUGGCAUAUCUUAGUCGUAACAAUCGCUUCCGCUUUACCACUUUGUGACACAUUUUUUGAACAUUACGAGGUUCUCUCUCGUCCGCAUUAUGCCAUCAUACUUUUCCUGUUCUGUUUCGUUGUCCCGCAGUGGUUGUUCUUUGCUGGCAUUCUAAAUAAGGAAAGAGAAAUCAAGAGUGCGGCUGAUAUUCUGGCUCGGAACUAUUACUAUGACAAUCUGAAACUGGUACUGCCAAGAUUGGAAUAUCAAAUUGCCGCCUCGGAGCUAUUCCGUUAUAAGAUAAAAAACAAGAAGCUAUUUAUUUUACUGCCCAAAGACUGCUACACAUUUGAUUUAAUCUCUAAAGCAGAUCCCAGGGUAAAAUUGGUUGGCAAACUCCCCGCGAGUAAAAUUAACAGGGCUGGAAUUUUAGAGAGAAGCCACCAACAUACAGUGUAUCGGAUAGAGACGCCUUCCCCUGAUGGAAAAGUGGAAGAGCCCCACCUUGUCUUGGAGUACGCUACGCCUCUCACGUCCAUGUAUGAAAUGUCUUCUGAGAAAGUUCCCCCCAUAACUCUUCUAGAGCGGGAUCAUCUGGUAGGCAGUGUUCAGUUUCUACGAAUUUCUGUGUAA